AUGUUGCGAUACGGGACUGUAGUGCACUGGAGAACAGAGAGUGCAGCCUCUGGGAUUAGUCACUCCGGCCAUACAAUACAAUGCAUGCCUAAUGGAAGCAUCAUGGGAUUGGGUCUCCCUCACACUUAUACUCCUACUCUCCGCCCUCCUGAAUCUAAACACCCCAAACAGCUGCCUCAACGUGCUCCUCCCUCCUCCACUCCCUCCCUCUCCCCCUCCCCCCCCUCCACUUCCCCCUCCGGUGCUCCCCCCCCCUCCUGGCCGACGGCUGGGACUACAGGGAACGUGACUUAA